AUGCCAAGUACUAGUUCUCAAAAAAGAACCCAAUUUUCUAGUUGCGAUGCUUGCCGUCGCUCACGAGUUGCUUGCGACGCCUCAAAACGAGGUUACCAACCCGGUAAAGUGAGUUGGGCGGGUUCAUGUUCGAGGUGCACUCUUAAAAGGCGACCAUGUACGUUUGAGUGGAUUAACGCCGCGAAGAGGAAACCUCUAAACCCAUACAGAGAAGCGGUGUCUCACUCUUCAACUGAAACGGAUCCUACCAUUUCCUGUGAAUCUAAUGGCCAAGCGUUCUUCAUCUCUACACACGAACAGAGUUGCGAUCAAGCCAUUACCCAAAAUUCUCAGAGCGGUAACAAUACCAGUCCUCAUGAUCAAUAUGACGCGGACCGAGUAACGCCGCUGGACGAGCCAAACGCACACUCGAUUGAACCCCUCGAUCCACAAGCAGAGUCCAUAGGCGUCUUUCUAACGUCUUGGUGUGACCAAAUCUUUCUCCAUGGGUUUGGAACCUUUUUCGGCCUCAUAACUGGUAGAAAUGGCUGUCCAUUCGUGAAUAAUCCAACAAGUGAAGUUUGCAUCCCUCCGACAGAGCUUUUCAGGAAGCUUGACGCUGACAUGGACGACGCGGCUGGUCGCCAAACCCCUAAUUCCGGGCUUGAGGUCCAGGCACAGCAGGAAAGGGACAUUGAGAUCGAUCAGUCUCUGAAACAGACGAUUCGGUCUUUUGCAGCACAUUGGCUCCCGCUGGCAUCGAGCAGAAGUCACUUUACGACGAGCCAAGUCGAAGAAUUCAUCAGGGAAAGCUGGCGCAUGACAAGGAAAGAUAUGCUGAAAGUCGUGAACCGCACGUCUUAUCGGUCUGCCCUCACGUUGUAUCUUUUUUCUCAGACCCCCGUACCUAUAGGAAUCUCCGAGGAGGAAGAGCUGAACGGUAUCAGUGGAUUAGUAUGUAUCCAGACCGCUCUACUACAGAUCCAGAGGCUCAGAGAGCGGCAACGAAGCCAUCAAUUCCGCGCCUCAGAGGUGUCAGCUUGGGCUGAUAUAAUAGUUAGCUCCUCUCCUGAUCUCAACUUUACGGAAGCAUAUCUGGACUUUGAGAGCCGGGCUUAUUGGGCAGCAGUGGUUUGGGACACAUCAAACUCUUUGACCUUGAACCUUAGAACAUCAUUAACAUCCGGGUUAAAUGGGGCAUGUUCUGAGCCUGCGUGGCGCUUAGUUAGAGCAUUCCUAGGGUCUUUCCAUACCAGAGCAAAUGACUGGCGUAGUAGUGGUUUUGAUAUAUCCGACGACAUAGCUUCCCAGAUCAUCGCCGGGGCGGCUAUCAGUAUGCUAUAUAUCUGGAAGAAUAUUACAUCAAUAAAGGAAGCACUAAGAGAAGGAGUAGAAGAAGAAGCAGUUUUAUUCGCAUGGAAUGCGUUCCUGGGUUCUUCUGAUGUCUUCAAAACUUCAAAUCGCCCCUUGCUCAAUAUCCUCGAGAGGCGGCUUCACUUCUUGAGUCAAUCAAGCCGACUGGCCUGGUAUGAGAUCAAUUCACGGUAUAAUUUGGGUAUACUCAUACUCUGCAAUUCGCUUCUGUUGGCGGAUCGUUCAGACCUAUUAUCACAAAUAACCGAACUGAGACGGGAUGCUGAACGCGAAUCCUUCAAUAAUCUUAAGUUUGGCUUAGAGAACACCUAUACUAUAUCCCGACAUAGUCAAGAAUCGGACAUGACGAGCCCCAGUAGGGCUAAUAGCCCUCAAGAUCAAAUGACAGUAUCGCUUAUAGCUCUUGACCCGCACCCUAAUCGUGUUAUUGACUCCGUACUGUUGAUGAGCAAAGUCAUCAGCAAUGAGUACCGACAAGGCAAGAUUAAGCAUGAAAACUACUCCUAUCUAUCGUCGAUAUUAUCUAAAACACUAGAAGAGUUACCUCGGAAUGCUAAGACUGUUCAAGCUGCUAGAGAGAGUUUGAAACAGUCAAUUCGCGAAAUUAAUGAGGCGGCUGAGGCAUACGUAGCAUAG